AUGUCCCAACAGAACAGCGAAGUUUUAUUUGAUGAAAAUAUGAACAGCAACGACGAUGAUACAAGUAGCAGCAGAGACGGCGCGGCUGGUUAUGUUACAAAACAACAACAACAAUGUAAAGAAGUUAUACAUAAAAAUGAGGAAAACGGUAAAGAAGCUACAAACGAAAUGCUACAACAACAACGUAAAGAAGACGGUAGAAACGACAACAAAGUAGAGCCAGACAAAGUUAAAAAUGUAGAGGACACAGUGGAUAAGCUAAAUGAAAGUAAAAAUGUGGAGAAUACAGAGAAUGCAUCGAAAAAUGUAACGGAUAAACAACGUGAAGAAAUAGAGACACUAACACGGCAAAUAGAAGUUCUAAGGAAAAGAAAACAACUAUUAGAACUUCAAAAUGAAUUGGCAAAGUGCGAAAUAAAUGAAAACAAAUGCACAAAUAACAGGGUGGUGACUCGUGAUGUGUCAUUUGAUACACUAAGGGAAUUCCUGCCAGUAUUUGACGGAGAUAAUAAUUUUGAAAUCUGGUUGUGUUUACUAGAAAAUGUACGAAACAAUUACGUAGUGGGUGAUGACAUGUUGCGUGCUUUGAUAUGUAACAAAUUAAAAGGCAGGGCACAAGAAUGGCUUUAUACGAACCCAGUACAUAUGAGCGAAACUUUAGAUGAUUUUUUACAAGAAAUGAAAAAUAUGUUUGGCAUGAAGGAGUCAAAAUUAAAUGUUCGUUACAAGAUGCAAAAUCGUGUUUGGCAAAAAGGUGAACGUUUCGAUACUUAUUAUAAUGAAAAACUGCUUUUAGCUAAUAGCUUAAAAAUCGACGAAGAUGAAUUCAUUGAAUAUAUAAUCGAAGGCAUUCCUGAUGUUAAUCUACGAAAUACGGCAAAACUACGUUGCUUUACUACUAAAAAUGAAAUCUUACAAGCUUUUCGAAAUGUUGAGCUGAUAACAAAUACAACAUUACAACAAUCAAGUGGGCGUUCAAGUGCAACAAAUAAUUUUGCGGCUAAAAGUGGUAAGGUGACAGAACAGCCACCGAAACGAGACAUCAAAUGUUACAACUGCAACAGCAAGGGACAUAUAGCAAGCGAUUGCCGUAAACCUAAACGUGAAGACGGUGCUUGUUUUGCGUGUGCUGGAUUCGGACAUCAAGCCAAGGAUUGCGAGUUAUAUAGGAAAACUGAGAGGAAGAACGAGCAAAAUGAUUAUAAUGUCUCAUAGAUUCUGGCAGCCCCAUCAGUUUCAUAAGGCGGUCAAAUGUUCCAAUCGCUGUAGAAAUUUUUGAAAGCGGAAAGAAAACUUACUUUGGUAUAAAUAAAAGUGAAUUGAAAAUUAAUGGAAUUAUAGAA